UUGACUGCAGUGCAAAAUGAAAAGCUCGGGCUCCUCCAUCUCAGACGAUGAUGAUGCAUUGUCUUUAGAAAUGUCAACCGUAGGGCGAUCAGUAGUCUGUGUGAUCCUGGGCCUGUCGUUCCUGGUGGGGGUCCCGGGGAACCUGCUGGUGAUCUGGACCAUCCUGAGGCACGUCCAGCAGCGCUCCCACACCGUGGUGCUCAUCCUCCAGCUGGCUGCUGCAGACCUGCUGGUGCUCAUCACCCUGCCCCUGUGGAUCUACUCCCUGGCCCGCUCCUGGGUGUUCGGGGAUGCAUCCUGUAAGGCCAUGGUGUACGUCAUCAACACCUGCAUGUACAGCAGCGUCUUCCUCAUCACCCUCAUGAGCGUCGAGCGCUUCCUUGUCAUCCGGUACCCGUUCAAGAUGUUGCGUUGGAAGACCAAGGCCAUUAUGGACAAGGCUUUAGUGGCUAUCUGGGCUCUGGCUUUCCUUUUAGGGAUCCCAUCCAUUUUUACCCGCUCCAUCGAUGAGAUCGAUGGCACUGAGCAGUGUCUUUUCAGGGAGUACAGCUCAGGGGCCCACGAGGUGGUGUUCUUAUGCCUGGAGACCUUGGUGGGCUUCGUGGUCCCCUUCUCCACCCUGGCUGUCUGUUCCUGUCUAGUAACAACACACCUGAGGACAAUGCAUUUCGGCAGCAGCAAACGGAAGUCGACAGUUCUGAUCAGUAGUGUGGUGGUAGCCUUCGUUCUCUGCUGGCUUCCUCACCAUGUCCUCAACACUGUAGAUCUAGUCAGCAUCCUGACAGAGGAUCCAGAUGAUGCUGUGCCUGUUUCAGUGGCCCAGACUGCAAUAGUGUUUAUCUCUGGAGCGCUGGCCUUCAUUAGUAGCUCUGUGAACCCUGUGUUCUAUUCCUUCGCUGCAAGGAACUUCCAGGGCAGUCUCCAGGAGUCCCGCAUGGUCAGGCUGUUCCAGGAACUCUCCUCACACACCUCCUCCAAGCUAAGGGGAUCUGGCAACACAAUAGGAUCGGAAAACACAAUAGGAUCUGGCAACACAAUAGGAUCGGAAAACAUAAUGUCCUCAGUAAGGCCAGACUGCAACAAUACCACAGACAUAACUACCGUGUAGGACUACAGAGAUGGUCGCGCUGGAUAAGAGCAUUCUAGAUAAGUCGUUCUGGAUAAGAGCGCCUGCUAAAUGACUAAAAUGUCAAAUGAAAACUGUAACCUGAUCAUUGAUUCAGAUGUCAGCAUUGAUGAGAAAUAAAUAUGUCUUGAAUCUAGAAGUUUGAUUAUAAGUUGUAUUUUUAUGAUCAUGGUACAAAAUGUAGAUAUUGUUGUGGCGCUUGUGAUAUACGGUGAGAAAAGCUCACACAAGUAAUUCAAUUGUGACUAUUUAACACAAUAAAGCUAUUGCAUUUGCUCAUAAAGUGGUAUAAUUUAAAUAACAUGUAUUCAUGGUCAUGUUACAAUUCCUUGAAUAUUAUUUGAUUUAUUUGAUUUAACCUUUAUUUUGUAUUGAAAUUCAUGUUACAUAAAAUAACACACUGCCUUACUCUAUUUGAUCACAAUAAAAAUAAAAUCAUCUGAUCUCAAGUUCA